GCUCAUUGGGUCCGUCUUUCACCACUAUGUCAAAUUCAGUUGUGCUUGUUUUCAGCGGCCCUUCGGGAGCUGGAAAGAGCACUCUACUCAACAUGUUAUUCCAAAAUUUUCCAAACAAAUUUGCAUUUAGCGUCUCGCAUACAACUCGUCCCAUCAGGCUGGGUGAGGUAGAUGGCAAAGAUUAUCAUUUUGUUUCAAUGGCCCAAAUGAUGCAAGAUAUCUCGGAAGGAAAAUUUUUGGAACAUGCUGAAUUUGCUGGGAACAUGUACGGCACAUCUAGAGCUGCCGUUAAGCAGGUCAUGGAUUCUGGACGUAUUUGUGUUCUUGAUGUGGAAAUGGAAGGAGUGAAGAGUAUUCACGCGGUCAGACCUGCAUUGAAUGCUCAGUUCAUUCUUAUACGGCCACUUUCGUUAGAUUCUCUAGAAUCCCGUUUGCGCGGCCGGGGUACAGAAACGGAAGAAACCCUACAGAGACGAAUCGCUCGAGCGAAAUUGGACCUCGAUUUUGCCGAUUGUGAGGUCGGUCAGAAACUGUUUCACAAGGUUAUUAUCAAUGAACAAUUGGAUGAAGCGUAUAAAGAGUUGGAAGACACGGUGCGCCCGCUUUUGUCUUUAUCUUGAACAGGCUUACUAGUUAACUUGCACUUUUUAUCAGUUAUCUUUGUAUUACCGGACUGAGUUAUCAACAAUAUAACAUCGGGCUUUCUUGCUUUCGAUCUCCCUAUUUUGUCCCUUAGUAGAUUUUUUGCCUUGUGUUUAGCAAGUCUAUUUUUGUCGUAUUUUUGUUUUUCUUUGUUUUUGUGCUCUUAAUUUAUCUUCUGUUUUGCUUCUACAAGAUGUUAUUACCAUUGGACAGUUUCUGAGUUCCAACGAAAUUUAUGCAUGUGACUCUCGCAGGUUUCAUGCAGGUUUCAUAAGUUGUACUAUUUUGUAUUUACAAAGGGAAACAUGUGCGCUGCUGAUAUCCAGAGCAUUUAGUGAAACGCAGUAUCACUUGC